GAAUGGUUGACUAGAAAACUAUGGAUAAAUACGAAAAUAAAAGCUAUAGAACAAAGACAGGAAACAUGGUAUUCUCAUAGGCAUUUUAUACAAAUAAGAAAGAAAAACAGUAGAAUGUAA